AUGUCAAAACCCAACGAAACCAUCUCAUGUAAUCACUCAGAACAACACCAACGACAGCAUUCGGUUCUCUUUGUUUGUUUGGGAAAUAUUUGUAGAUCUCCGAUGGCAGAAAUUAUCAUGAAAUGUCUCGUAAAAGAGAAGAAGAUUCAUCAUUUGUGGUAUAUUGACAGUGCUGGAACAGCAUCCUAUCAUUCUGGAGAGGCACCUGAUGAAAGAACAUUACAAACAUGUAAAAAAUAUUAUCCAUGGUUUGAUUCAUCUGAAUUGAAAGCUAGACAAAUACAAACAAGUGAUUUUGAACGAUUUGAUUAUAUUCUAGUCAUGGAUGAAAGUAAUUUGAGAAAUGUUGAAAAGUUGAAAAGUAAAUUAAAUCAUCACAACUCUACAAUUGUGAAAUUAUUGGGAUAUUACGAUCCAAUCAAAAAGAAUUCAAUUGUUGAAGAUCCUUAUUAUGGUGGAAUGGAUGGAUUUGAAAUUAAUUUUCAACAAAUUACACGAUCUUUGGAGAAUUUUAUUGACAUGGUUCAUCAAAACAACAAUAAUUAA